GGAAGCGUUAACAUUAAGAUUAAUUCCCUAUCAAGAUAUUUAAGGUGAUAACCGCCGCGUCAUUCCUCAAGCUAUUUCAUACUCAUUUAAACAGUAUUUACAAAAUAUCCUGUACUCACGGGCAUCUCUGGUAGCAUGCCUCUGACCGGAGGAUUCGCCCUAAGCUCCGCCAUAACAGGUCUUCUUGCUGGUACUUGCUGACUUUGGAUCUGCGGCUGAACCUGAGCUUCCGAUUGUUGCCCAAUGGUUAUUGGUGAAUGUGCAGCAACGUUAGUACUAUACCACAUCGUAGGUGAUGGCAUAUCCUUCAUUGCGACUGUCGUUUCAACAUUUUCAGUGCCAGGAUAGGUAGGUAGGAUGCUCACUGGACGAUGUGCGGCUGGUGGCUUGCUCCGUCUGUGUCGGAGGCAGAGGAAUACUAGGCCGAGUAGGAGAGCGACGCCGCAAACCGGUCCGAUGACAGCUCCUGCAAUUGCAACACCAGAGACAUUACCCGCCGCUCCCGUGGUGCCAUUCGUAGGUAAACUACUCGUCGUGAUCGAAAGUGAGGUGCUAGCUAUAGGGGAGAUGGUCUGUGAUAUCUGGGAGGUCGUUAUGGGGGGGAUUUGCUGGGGGGUACUUAAUACCGAGGUUGUCGCUAAGAGUGUUAGCGAGGAGUCUGGGACUAUUCUCGCUGUCUACCGCUACUUACUAGGGGCAACGUUCGGAGGCGUCCGGUACGCGAUCCAACCGCUCCCGGUACCACAGAAGAGGCAUAGAUCGCCGUCCAAUUCCGCACCUUCACUGGUUGCCGCUAUCCCCGUUACACACGAGCUUCCUGGUCCGCUAGAAUGGCGCUGUAAGCAUCAAAAGCUACAGGACUUCACAUUAAUGUCCAGAGAGAAAGUCAACCUUAACUUACCAAGGUUGUGGCACAACAACCGCCGUACCCAGGGUUAUACAGUCCGAAUGGUUUAGUCUCCGAGUAUGUGUACCCGGGACCACAUGUCAGAGCCGCCCCUACGAGUCGCUGUUAGUCGUGAAGGUAUUCGAUCGCAUAAAAUUCUGCACAAACAUUCAGGAGAAGUGUAGCCAAUGAAGUUCUGGGCUUGUCUCUUAACGAGCUCAAGAUUCGGUGCUUGGGUGGUCAUCGGUCGGUAUGAAGCUGACGGUUUAAUAAAUUCAAGCUGAGUGUGCAUCCUCGGUGAUAGUAUUUA